CGCUCCUAUGAAUUCACAGCAGAAACAUUCACGCUGUUUACGGUACCUGUUCUUUAUAAACUACAAUGCUACAAUGUAUGAUUUUCAAUAGCUAUUGAAGUUGCACGGGAUUAUCUUGGACUGAAAGGCUGACAAAGUAUUACAUUUAGUGUAUUCCUCAAUUUCAAUUUUUGUGUUUGGAUCGCGUAACAUGGGCGUGAAAGAUAAACUGAUCAUGAAUAUCAGCUCAGAAGUAUUGGAAAUGGCAUCUCGUAUCUGCCGUGACUACAUGAAUGGUGCUUGGAAGAUGAUUUCUUCCAAAGAGAUUGUGGUAAAAAAAAUAAGUGGUGGAUUGAACAACUUGCUAUAUCUUGUAGCACUGCCAAGUUCACACAAGUCGUCACCAUCUGAGCCAUCUCAGGUUUUAUUGAGGUUGUAUGGGCAGAUUCAUGGUGAACAGGUUAUAGAAUCUCUCCUCACAGAAUCUGUGAUAUUCACAUUAUUAUCCGAGCGUGGCUUGGGACCAAAGUUAUAUGGUGUUUUUCCUGGUGGCCGCCUUGAACAAUAUAUUCCUGCUCGACCACUAAAAACCACAGAAUUGAGUGACCCCACUCUCAGUGCAUUGAUUGCAGAGAACUUGGCCAAAAUACAUGCAAUGAACAUACCUAUCAACAAGAGGUCAAACUGGCUGUGGAAUACCAUUUCAAGGUGGCUCAAAACAGCUGUGGUAAACUUGGAAGACAUACAUGCUGAAGAUUCCCAUAACCAGCAAAUUAUAAAGAAACUGCAGCACCUUAACUUAUCAAAGGAGUUUGAAUGGCUAAGGCACUUCCUCACCCAGACGUCAUCUCCAGUAGUUUUCUGCCACAAUGAUCUCCAGGAAGGAAACAUUUUACUCAGUCAUUGUGAUGCAGAAAAUGACAAGGUUUCACAACCGCAACUGUCUUUUAUCGACUUUGAAUACAGUGCAUAUAAUUAUCGUGGCUUUGAUUUUGCUAACCACUUCAUAGAAUGGACUAUCGACUACACUAACAACCAGUUUCCGUACUUCAGUGUAAACAGGAACUGCUACCCAAGUCGAGAGCAGCAGCUGUUGUUUGCUCGAGCCUAUCUACAGCACAGCUGUGACCAGAACUGUGACAACCCAACUGAAGAGCAGGAGGCAGCUCUUCUGGAAGAAGUGGAGAUGUUUACACUUGCAUCUCAUUUUCUGUGGGGUCUGUGGUCCAUAGUAAAUGCUAAAAUUUCAACCAUUUGUUUUGGCUAUUGGGAUUUUGCAUUGGCACGUUUGGAAGCUUAUCAUGACUUGAAGAACAGCAUCACCAGGACUCGUAGAAUUUCUGCUAAAAAUGAGGACAAGACGGAGAUGUAUCGACCUUCCUCUCUUUGGUUACCGUAGAAACCUAAAUCUCCACUUCCACAUGUCUGAAAACACUCUAAAUUUGUGAUUGGGUCCCUCCACGAAUUACAACCAUCCACAUGGGCCAGUUACAGAUCAUCUGCUAUUAUCCGACUGAAUACAAGUGCCACUACACCAGCCCUUCCUUGAUAAAUCUGCCCUUGGCAGAGAAGACAUUCAGAAAUGUUGAGUAUUAAAACCUCAACAUGGCUGUGGCCUCAAACCAGCAGCUGAGAAACUAAAUAUAACCAUUAAAUUAAAUUAUGAGUGUCAAUAGUACUUUGUAAAACUUAAAGUAUAGUAUGUAAGGCAUAGUACAACUUGGCAUAUUACAGUGAAUAAAAUUGGUGCAUUAUGAGUAGUUUUCCCCAUAAACAAAAUAUUAACCAGCAAAACUAAACAUAGUAUGUAAAUGAAAUGAUACUGUAGUUAGUAGAGAAAAAAUAAAAUUGCAUAAUUACAUAAGUAUAUGCAUUUAUGCUUUUGUUUUAAUGCAUUACAAUAUUUUAAAAUUAAUACUAUACACAAUACAUGUAACUUUUAGAUGGCAAUCUUUAGUUUGACUAAUAAAUUAAAAUAUUGUGCAGAUUCGGGUAUAUUAAAAAAAACCAACAAAGUUUUUACAUCUAAAGUUUUAUUUGGCACAUCAUUAUGCUUAGUAUGUCCCCCGAUAUUCACGAAAGCAAAAAAUAUACAGGUGUAUUCUGGCACACGGUGAUCCACCAUCAAGAUGACUUUGGCUCGUGAGUAUAGCAGAAAUGCACAUGUACAUUAUACUUAAAAUUGUUAAAUUUCUGUUGCAUGGUGCGUGCACAUUUUGUUGCCUACUAACAUUUCACCCUAAAAUGCCAUUACGAAGUAUAACUUGAAAAGGUCAUUAGGUAAACUCAUCCUAAAUUCAUAAAUAUUGUUAUUUAUCUUUUCCAUUGGUUAAAUUAUCAGAUGUAAUUGGACAAUUUUUAUUGAAAUUAAAGAUUUGCAGGAAUAUUAUAACUUACAUGCACUUAGACUAUGACCGCAAACAUGCAUAAUUUCAAAGCUCCUACUAAAAGAAAGUUACUUAAAUAUAAAGCUGAAUUCACAGUGAUCCAUCUCAUUCGUCUGUCAUCUGUUCAUCUCUCAAUCAUGUGACCUGCAGCCAUUCAGAUGGCCAGGAAAAUUCCAUCCGUCCAUCCUUCGAAACCUUUCCAAGCUUUAACUUUCAACGAACAGAUGGAGGACAACCUCCCAAAUGUUCGCAGGAUUUAUUUUGUCUGUGACCUUUACUGUAUUAAAAGGUUUUUAAGUUUGAUGUUUUAUACUAAAAUUGCCCAAGGCAUAGAAGUGUAAGAAAUAAUGUAUGUAAAUCUGGAAAUAUAUUAAUAAAUGUCACAGUGAUAAAAUUUAGUUAAAUGAUUUAUAAGCGAUUAACUUUAAUGAUUGUCAAACUAUACAAGAUAAAUUUUCAUUGCUAUUUAAGACUUUGUCAGUUUGCAGUAAUAAAAAUGGAAAAGUAUUUGAUGGACGUGGGGAUCAUUCUGUAUUGAUUGGCUUGUUGACGGACGGAUGCAGCGAAUCAUGUAGAGUCUACCUGAACUGGGAUUAAAUUUUAAUUGUCAAACUGCCCAAAAAUGUGUAUAGUGCGUAUGGAAAAUGAUACACUGCAUAAUUAAUGUAGGGGAAAAAAACAAGAUAAAUAGAAAAUAUUUAAAGCCAAGGUCCAAAAGAGAUGACAAAAUGUAAAAAAUCCAUUUACAGCAUAUGAAAAGUGAUGAUAAGAACAAUGACAUGUGUAAAUGGAAUUUUGUAUGGAUUUCCAAAUAGUUUUUUUUUUUACUCCAUCAACUAUCACUAACCCAAAUUUCCCCCCCCCCCCCCCCUUGACUACGGGUCAUCUGAGAACAGCUGAUGAGGUAGCCACCAACACCAUAACUCCUCUCAUGUCAGUUGUGAAAGCAUUCUAGUGGUGCACAGUGGUAUAAUUAGUGAAAGAGGGAAGGGAGAGUAUGGAAGAAAGAGGAAAAGGAGAUAGGAAAGGGGUGACAUUCAUUGAUUGAGCAACAAGCAGCUCAAAGCUGCUCAUUAUUUGUGCUUUUGCAAGUUAAGUAAAUCUUUGAUUUACAUUUUCAGACAUGCUUUGCUUAAGCCAUCGCCACAUGAUGUCCAAUUCCUUGGCAGUUUUUAUGUCUAUUUUCUGCUAGUGCACCUGCUUCCAUGUAGGUUACUUUUUGACACUCUUUCAAGGGGAGUAACUCUGAACAUAGAAUUUUCAUACCCAACUUCUUGUCCAAAACAUGUUCUAUUUUUCUGCUUUACCCACAAGCUGAAGUGAUCAAGAUAACAGACCCAUUAAUGACAGCAUGCACCCGUAAAUAUUUGAUUUAGGUAUUGUGUGUUUGUAUAAGGUAACAAAUUCUUUUCUUUUUCUAUAGGAACUGUCCAGUCCACUUUUAUACUCAUUAAUUUAACAGAAGGUAGCCUAAAUUAGGCAUGAUGUGGGAUAGGCUUUGCCAAUUUUUUGACAAGUUGAUAUGAGACCAAAUUUUAAAGCCAUAAUAUCUCAAACGUAAAGUGUGUGCUAAAACAUAAUUUUUUAAGUCUCGUGGAAAAAAGUUUUUUUUUUUUUUCAUUUAAUAAGUUGCCGUAUUCUGAGUAUAGUUAUAACCAACUAAGGACAUGUGGCCAUUAAGGAAUUUAAAAAAUUGGGUAGCGAAUUUUUAAAACUGAAGCUACUAAUGAGUUCUUACUGUCUACAAGAAAAUGAGAUAUUUGAUCAUGACGGUUAUAUUUUGACCCAGGUGCUGUGUUUAAAAUGAUAUAACAUAAAAAUAAGUAUGUGGUUAUGAUUUGGCUAAAUAAAAAAAAGUAUAUAUAUGGUAUCAAUUAAAGUUAAUAUUUUUAACAGUAAAAUUUUUAACAGUAAAAUUUUAAAUGCUUAAAAAACCUAUUCCUAAUAAUGGGUGGGCAAUAAUUUUUUUUUUUUUUUUCAGUUUUAAAAUAGCCAUGAUUGUAUUCAAAUAAAUGUUUAUUUAUACGAACAAAAAUAUACUGGAAAAUCAUUUCUUAAAAAUAAUUUUGUCCAAAUGGACACCAUCUUACCCUUAGAUUUUCGAAAUACUCUAGUUGGAUGUAUGGCAGGUUGCACCAUUUUGCUGCAUCCAAUUUCUAUUGUUGUAACCAACGAACUGCUGCAACUGUGAUUGAAAAAAAUCUUGUAGCAUUUUCACAUAUUCUGCAGAAUUAACUGUUACAGAAUUACUGUGUGUGUUUUCAAAGACGCACAGGCCGAUAAUGACUUUUGAAGAGAUAGCUGCAGUGCCAAAGUGUUAAUUUCAUUAAAUCAUGGGUUAAAAACUUUAAAGAAACUAGCACGACUAUGAAUUGAAAACAAACAGGGUGGCCACAGAGCAGGAGGAGCAAAGAGAUCAUGGCGCAAGUGAACAUUUUUGUAUGAGACGAACCGAAUAUACCGACGCGCAAGCGUUUAGAUGCUUUGGCGAUACCCCGAACAUCCUUGUGCCGAAUAAUGAAAUUGGACUUCAAACUGCAUCCGUAUGAAAUACAGUUAAUGCAAGAGUUAAAAUCAUUCGUUGAUACAAUGUUCAAGCAAUUAAAAAACUUCAUUAACAUUUUCUUCACGAAUGUAGCUCACUUUCACUUAAGUGGACAUGUAAAUAAACAAAAUUGCAGAUUCUGAAGCAGGGAAACAAAAAAUUAAAACACCAAAGACCUUUCUUUGCAUUCUCCAAAGGUGACGUUUGGGGCGUCAAUCUCUUCAAAGAGCAUUAUCGGCCUGUACUUAUUUGAAAGUGUAUGCCAUAAUUCUGUAAUAGUUAAUUCUGCAAAAUAUGUGAAAAUGCUACAAAAAAUUUUUCAACCACAGUUGCAGUAGUUUGUUAGUUGUGAAAACUUAAAAUGGAAUACAUAAAAAAUAGAAUGUGUAGUAGCUUCAUUACAAAAGUUAUAAUAAUUUUUAUAGAUUAUAUCUAUUUUUAAACUGCCAGAAUUACCUGAAAUAUUUUCUCAUUGUACAUUCUUGAACUCCUGCAAUUAGAGACUAAUUGAUCAAGAUGUAAUUCGUCUUUAGUAAGAAAAGAGCUAAAGCAUGCCAUAAUGAAAGUAAUGGAAAUAAUGGUUGGUUAGAUUUAAAGUAAGGCCAAAUGUCAAUUUUAGGCAGUUUAAACAGUGUUAUGGUGGAAAAUUAUGAGAAAAACUCAAAUCUAUUAAAUUUAUUAUUUAGUCCAUUAUUAUGACAAUUUUGAUGUGAAACCUCUUGUCACAGAUUAUAUUUUGAAACAGUUUUCCAGGAACAAAAGUUCUAUAUGAUUGUUUUAUGCUGUGCUGGAGCACCCAUUAAAAUCAUACAAUGUUAGGUGCUCUAAGCACAUGAAAUCUUUAUAUGGCUGAAAAUAGGAUUGUAGGAUAGGAAGAAAAUUAUUAAGAGAAUAAUUUCUGGUUGCUCAUUAUGUCUGCCUGCCUGCAAUGUGCAUUUGAAUGACCGGCCAAGAUAAGGUGGUUGACCAAUUUCUUCAGUACUAUUCUAACCCCUUAUUUUGUAGGUCAUUGUGCAUUUUCAGCAUCCUGAAAAGUAAACCAUAAUCAUUUCCUGAAGAUUAAAAGUAACCAUAGUAGAUUGUCGGAUACAAAGAAAACUUGGCUAAUAUAAUGGCCCAUAUCAUUUUCUUGCCAGUUUCUUGUCCGAUAAACCAAGAAAUAAUAAUUCUAAUUCUUGUAAUAAUGUUACACCAUGCUUCUAACUCUUAGUAUGUACAUGUGAUUUGCAACUUGCCUGAAAUAUUAAAGCCAAAUAUAUUAGCUUAGCAAGAAAUUUUACUUAUUAUAAAUGACAAAAGUUAUUUUCAUCGGAGGCUAGAAUUCAUAAAGUAUGUUUAUUUUAAUGUAUUCUCCUUGUUUUUAUCUUUGUAAGUUUUAUUUUCAUGUAGAAAUAUUUUUCACAUAAUUUAAUUAUUUACUUUUUUUGUUAACUGUGAAUUCUACAUAUUUUACACCAACAAAAUAGAUGUAGUUUUUGAAUUUAUUGAAUAAGACUUAUGCCAAAUUAAUUAAUUCAGCAGAAUAUAAAAGUUUGCUAAAGCAUAGCAACUGUGAUAAAAUGUUGGUAUUGUAGGCACAUUUGCUUGAACUAUGUAGACAUAGUAUGUGAGGUUAUUAUAAAUAAUUUUUUUGUGUGUUAAACUUUUGUUUAUAAAUUAUUGAUAGUUUAAAUACUAGGUGAUAAUGUAUAUAAGGUGAACUUAAAACACCAUUACAAAUAAUAACAUUAUUUUAAAAAAAAUUAAGAUUUUUUUUUUGUUGAUUUCCUGCAGCGUAGUUUCUUUGUUCAUUAUUUUUAUUUAAAAUGGUAUAAAACACAGUUACAGUUAUAUAUUUUAACUCUUAGGAUUUGAUGGUUUUUAGGAUAACAUCAUAACCCAACAGGUCUUAUUGUACUGUGAUGGUUCAAGUAUUUGUUCCUGGAACCUGUGUUGUAUGGCCAGAUUUACUAAAUCUAUAUAGUUAAUUGAUAUUGUAAUGGGGCUUAAGUUAAAUAUAAUGGGGUUUAUAAUUAAUCUGAAUACAUCUAAACUUUUUAGUCAAGUGUUGUACAAAAUGCUUUCAUUGAAGGAUUUAUGUUGCUCAAGUCGCCAAUCUGGAGACUUAGUUUAAAGCCUCUUUCCAUGACAUUGUAUUUCCACGUGUGUAUGAUAUAUAUUUCCCUGCAAACAAGACCUGAGUACAUUUCUUCAAUAAAUAAAUUUACAUUUUAAAUUAGGAAAUUCAAUGUGUACUUACUGGUAUUGUAUGUUUAUUCUUUUUCUUUUUUUCUUGACAGUGAAACAAUCUUGAGAUGUUUUCAAGUGACUGUCUUCAGGAAAAUUCUUAGAGGGGAAAAGGAAAAUUUUAUAUCCUUUGUAGUGUGCUAAUAGUUUACAUGAUAAAUUGACGAAUGGUAAAAUUUUAUUAUGAAAAUUAAAGCCUAAACUAUAUAGCAGCAAGAUGUUUAAAUAUAUUAUUGAAAAAAAUAAUUCUUACUUGAAUAUAUGUGAAAUUAAAAAAAAUGAGGUUGAGUUUGUAACAUUUGAAAACAUUUUUUUAAGUUAAUUUUACACAUUUAACACUAAUUAUUAAUUUGUGUUUACCCCACUCUUAGUAGAAGUUAGUUAAUAAAUAUUACAAAACAAAAACCACAUUUUGUAUCAACUUAAAAAAAAAAUUGACCAAAAAAAAAAGGAACCUGAAUAGGAGACGGAACUAACAUAGCGUACCAAUAUCUAUUGUCUUCAUAGUUACUCUGAGUGCAGGCUAUAAAAUAUAGUUUCCUUAACACAAAAUAGUGGGCUUGCUGCAUGCAGUCGGAGAGCUAUCAAUUUUGAUGCUUCACGCUUCACUACAGGUAUCCACCUAACCAGACAUGAUGUCACCCAGAGCUGACCACAUUUUUAUAAGAGCUGCACAACAGCAGCUGAACAGAUUGAUGAUGUAGAAUUUUAAAAUGUGUUCUAAAAAGGAAUUUACAUUAAUAACAGCUUUCUAUUUUUGUUAAUUAAAUAUGUAAAAAGUAAUUUCCUAACAAAUAAUGGAUAUCAAGUCUAUAAAUAACAUUGUUUUAUUCAGGAAACAAAAGUUUUUUAUGAACUUAUAUGGGAAAUAUAAGUUAAGUGCACAUCUUAUGGAGAAAAUGGUGAGAACGAAACAUUUAACCACAUUAUACAGAAUAUUAUACUGUGCUGGAAAAACUUACACAAGUUUUACUGUUUUAUGUAGGUAAAUGUUGGUUUUGGAAAAUAUAUAUUUUUUUUUUUUUUUUGUUUUGCAUAAUUUGGUACAGAACUUUACAUCUAAUGAAAAUGUAUGUUACUACAAUACUAUUUCUUGUUGUUUUGUGAAGCUUUUUUGAAUCUUGAUGUUAACAGUAUUGGUGAAGAAUGUUUACCAUGUACAACUGUAGUUCCCAGUGCAAACCUAUGGUGCUGAGUGCCUCCUAUUCUGGAUGAUAAGAUUAUAUGAUAAUAUUGUUACUUACAUUACUUGGCCUUGUUUUGCCUAUUUUUUAUAAAUUUUUGAUACUUUGAUGUUACUUGGAUUAAAAGUAUUAUAAAAUUA